GUUCCGGUUCUGUUCGGCUCUGUUCGCCGAGCUUGACUCCUCAGCGUGAUAAGAGGGGGGACGAUCCUUAAACCGAGCUCAUUACUGACCGAAUCGCUCCCAGUCGGCGACAGUGUCCGCAGGUCCAAAUGAGAGAACUCAGCCUCAACUCGGGCUGCCUUUCCUAACCCGGGCUCGACCAUCCUCCCCACAUGCGCUGACACGUCUCCAGACAUUACACACAUCCUGUCGGCUGGCGGAGGGAUCGUUGACUUGGCUGGUUUUGACACAUUGUGAGUGCACACGAGAGACGCGCGUACGGCGGAAGAUGUUGCUGAAGGAGUACAGGAUAUGCAUGCCACUCACAGUGGACGAGUACCAGAUCGGCCAGCUGUACAUGAUCAGCAAACACAGCCACGAGCAGAGCGACAGAGGGGAAGGAGUGGAGGUCGUCCAGAACGAACCGUUCGAAGACCCGACGCACGGCCAAGGACAGUUCACGGAGAAAAGAGUCUACCUCAACAGUAAAUUACCCACCUGGGCUCAAGCAGUGGUUCCCAAAAUCUUCUACGUGACAGAGAAAGCGUGGAACUACUACCCUUACACCAAAACAGAAUAUACAUGCUCAUUCUUGCCCAAGUUCUCCAUCCACAUAGAGACAAAAUAUGAGGACAACAAAGGAUGCAAUGACAAUAUCUUUGACACCGAGCUGAAGGAGCAGGAGAGGGAGGUGUGCUUCAUCGACAUCGCCUACGAUGAGAUCCCCGAGCGCUACUACAAAGAGUCUGAGGACUUGCGCUAUUUCAAGUCAAAUAAGACGUCGCGGGGGAUUCUUCAGGAGGGCUGGAGAGACACCCAGGAUCCCAUCAUGUGCUCAUACAAACUGGUCACCGUCAAGUUUGAGGUGUGGGGUUUGCAGACCCGUGUGGAGCAGUUCGUACACAAGGUGGUUCGGGAUGUGUUGCUGCUGGGACAUAGACAGGCAUUUGCUUGGGUGGAUGAGUGGAUUGAUAUGACUUUGGAUGACGUGCGGGAUUACGAGAAACAAAUGCAUGAGAAAACCAACAUUAAAGUUUGCCAUGAGCAGCAAGAGCAUUCCACCACAAACCCAUCUUCACUGGAUCACAAAGCAAGCACAUGACAAUGGAUGAGGUGAGAGAGUUUGAGCGCACCAUCCAGGAGGCCACCAACCAGAAGAUAGGGAUAUUCCCACCGUCGAUCUCCAUCAGCGAGACGCCCCUGUCUUCCUGUUCUCUCACCGGCCCUGCCAGUGCCCCCACCACCCCCAUGUGCACGGAUGCGCCUGAGUCCCUCUCUGUCUCCAAGGACCGACCCCGCAAAAAAUCUGCACCAGAAACCCUUACCCUUCCUGAUCCUGACAAAAGUGGUGUUCCCCAGGGCUCUUCCAUGAGCCCACUACCCAUUUCAAACCAUCUCCAAUCAUCCACACCACCCGCCUCCAACACUGAUAUUGCUGAGAUGAAUGAGCAGUAGAGGGUCCUCUGGAUGUCUUCCCCCACCCCAUGCUUUACUUAUUCCCCCAACCCCAUUGUCUUAGUAGCCCAACAAGACUAGCCUAACCUUUUUACACAAGUGGCCAGACAUUCAAGUUCUCUAGCCAUAUCUAAGGAUUUGCCAUAAACCUGGACACACAACAGUCACAAUCGCCAUUGAAGUCGAGGUAGCUGUAGGCUUAGCCACCUUGUUGUAGUUGGCCUGAGAGUCGAGGCAGCCACAUGUCUCAUCUAGGAUAACAACCACCUGUAAUGUCUAAUCAAAAACAAAGUGCAUCUUUAGUUAUUUUUUGUUGAUCAGCAUAUGAAUACUUUUUUGUUGUGGUGUUUCCUUGUUUUCUUCAAUCAGACAAGCCAAUUGCUUUCAAGCUGUUGAACUAAGAAGUAAAUGCCUUAGUGCCACAGAGCCAGUGGUGUUUAUUAGUUUUGACAGUGUGAAUGAAUGCAUGACAAACAUUGUCCUUUGUAAAAUGUAUUGAUUCAAUUAGAAAUCAAUGACACUUACUAGAGCAGAACAGUAGAACUAAUACGUUCGAGUAACACACACCAGAAGGAAAGCCAAGUACCCUCAGAAGAGAGCCACUUAGCAACUGUUUCCUGAGCAGGCCUGUGGAUCAGAUUGCACUCAUCUUUUCAAUCCCAAACUUCAAUUAUACAACAGAUGCAAGAUCAGUACAAUCAUAGAGAGUUUACACCUCAGGUCUCCCCAACUCUGCCUAGCUCACACUCCUAAGGCAGGGACAUUACUGUACCUUUCUCUCCCUGCUUAUUGCCAAACAGCCACAUUUUAUACCUACACAGAUAUAACAAUACAGCAACUAUUGUAUGUACUGUACUAGUUCACUUAACCCUUGGAAUGUUUACGAAACCUUGGCACAUUCGCAUAAUAGCGGUAACAUUGUACCUUAAGCUGUUGUUAUAUCUGCACUCGCGGUUUUAGCAAUGAUGAUGAGGAUUUAACGAUUCUAAAAAUAGAAUAUGUUGGAGUUUUAUUACUGCAUAUAUCUUACUCAAGUUGACUGAGCUGUCAUUACAACAACAAAAACACAGACAUAAGUUGCCUGAAACUAAUGCUGGACAAUUAGAUACAAAUCUGCAAAUCCCAUUAUUAUCAUAUGUAGGAACAAGGCCAUUUGGGUAGUUUUUAAACAUUUGCUGAUUGUUGUGCACAUGGAGAUAGUGACAACCCAAAGCUUGAUUUGAGGGGCACAUGCAUCAAGCUGACUUGAGAAUGUGCUUUGUUGCGGGCAUAGCAUUUGCAAAACUGCUAAUACUUUUUACUUUGCCAGUGCUGGUUGGUUAUGCGGGAGCUGGUGCUUUGGUGGGCGUGGAGAAUGAUUUGGAAAAGGGGAAAUCCUUUGCAGUGCCCGUUUAUUUGUGCUGGGCUUGUGCUGCUAAUUACCAUCUAAAACCUUUAAGGAGAAACAAAUACAUAAGGACAGCAUUAUUCUUUGAACCCCUUUUUUUCCCCACACAAUGAUGUUAUGUAAAUGAAGGUUUUUUUAUAUGCAUGGAAUGUUCACAACAUAUAUACAUAUUAUGUGAAGUAUAUAUGUAUAUACUGUAAGAGAAUAGAUUGGUACAGUAUAUUUGGUGAUGAAACUAAAUGGGGGAAAAACGUGAAUUCUAACUUUGAAAGCUCUGUACUAAUUUUGUAUAAUAGAAAAAGCUGAUUUUGAGUGAAAUGUAAGCAUGCCCAGAGAGAGUAUAGGCCUAAAAACUCUUUGAACUCAGUGCCUCUGCAUGCAACUAUUGUAUCAUCUCCUACAAGUGAGUAAACCAAAAUCUAUUAUAUUUCAUCUGUACACAAAGAUUUCAUGACAUUUCUUUGCCUGUUUUCUAUCUCAAACGUUGCAUUUAACCAAGAAUAUAAAUGAGCUACAGCUCCAUAGUACAGUAGCUAAACUACAAUAUUAUCAGAUCACAUCAAUCAUAUCAGACUACAUCAUCAGACUCUCAAGUAUCAGGGUUACCUUUUAACUUUUUUUUUAUUCUAGGAAAUUAGAACAUUUUUGUUCCCCUGUUCAUACCAAAUUACUUUUAACCUAAGUGCAAAUGCAUUUUGCACUUUCCAGUCUUUUACACCUUAUUUGAAGAAAUGUGUCACACAACAGUCUUGGCUGGGUUUGUUGGACCAAAGUCCUAUGAUACAGCAUAAUGAUUUUGAAAAGAGCAGUUCCAGAAGAGAGUCCUCAGUGGUCUUGCCAUAAAACAUUGUUAAUAUUAUGUACAGUUUCUCACUUGCUUUUGUUAAAAAAAACUGUAGCUAUUUAUCUGUAACUGUAGCUUUUGUCUUUGCUUUUUGAGGAUAAAAAAACGUUAUACACCAGUUAUUGGCCCUCUGCAUUGAUUUAUUAUGUAUUGAUCAUACAUACAACUCUGGUAUUGACCAUCUCUCUUGUCAGGAAUACAGAGAUCCAGGGAUAUGUUUGAUCUACCAUGGACUAUUAAAAAUAAUGCACAUAAUAUCUAAUUGUGUAACAUUAAGCUCUGCUCUGUUUAAAAGAGUAACAUAUUAGCUAUUGUAAAUAGUAUAGUUAAUGACUGAUAUGGUUUCUUACAUUGACACUUGUUUCAAGUUGCAUUACUGAUGUGAAAAGAAUGUGUUCAAAGAUUUCACUUAGACAGAGAAGGAUAUUCCGAAGUGUUUGUGCGAUAAGGAGGACGUCUUCACAGACGUGAAUUCAAAGUUGUCUUUAUCUAUGAAGUCAUUGUCAUAUAUUGAGGAUACUGAAUUUUAUCAAGUUUAUUCUUCUCAAUCGAGUAUCGAGAAUUCUCUUUAUAGCGGUGCACUAUAUGCUUUUGGUGACCCUGCAGGGCAAGAUUAUUUGUACACGUAAAAAACUCAAUGAAGCUUUUCUUUUAGUGGGGUAGCUGCUUUCUCGUUACUUGCCAUGGUACUUAAGAGGUUGAUUAACUUUUCUGUUAUUAUUUGUAGUAAACCUGCUGUACUUUAAAUGUGUGGUUGCUGUAUUGUUUGAAGGAAACUCUUAAUUAGUUUAUCAUUAUUCUUUGGAUUAAAGGACCAAGCCUAUUGCUCUCCCUCCCCCUGUUACAGUGUGCAUUUUGGCCAUUUGUUUUGCUGUCUUCUGAUAAUUGGGACCUGUAUCACCAACCAGGAUCACUGAGUUAGCUGUAGUGAACUGCUCUGAGGAACACCAGUAACAGCCCAGUGUAGCUCACUCGGUGCUGGAGGUCAGGUGCGGUUCUGGCCUCUGCAGCUUUCUACAUUAAUCCUGCCGCGUGAAACGGGUCCUAAACGUGCCAUUUGUGUUCGGCUGCUGGAAGUCGCUCUCAGUUCUUCCACUUUAUCUAUUAUUGUGUUUGUUAUAUUCUUACUUGCCUUUGAGGUUCAUUUGAUUCUUUGUUGUAAUUAUUGUUUACUUUUGCUGAAACUAAAUAAACUUAACUAGCUAUUGCAA